UCCCCGCUAGUCCCUCUUUUCGGUGACGUGAAGGGGCGCGCGGUGGCAGCACCUCCCCGCGCGCUGCUUAAAAAUAAGAAGAAAAGAGGGAGCGAAACAUGAGAGCCCUAGUGAGCUCCAGCUCCCGCCGGCAGCAGCAGAGGAGGCAUCACCCCAGCCAGGCUGUCCUCGCUGAAUUGCGGCCGCCUUUCUAUGGAACGACCAGAAGGGACUUGCUGCUGCUGCUGCCGCCGCCACCGCCACGACCACCACCACCUCCUCCUCGUCUUCUCUUUCGCGCGCCAACGCGGGAGCCCUUCGCGCCGGCAAUUUCGACGCCUCAGCCGCGCCAACUAAACCGGCCCUCGCGCAAACUUCCCCGCGCAAAGUGCGCGGCACCUUUCACUCGCCGCCGCCGCUCCCCUUACACCACACGCGACGUGCGCUCUCCCCCCCCCCUCUUUUUUUGGUCCCUCAGACAUCACUCGCUCCCUCCUUGGAGGCCUCCCCCCCCCCAUCAUCUCUGUCUCUUUCUCUCCCCCCCUCCACCCCCGGAUCUAAGGGGUUUCCCCCCCACACACACACACACCACACGGAAAGCUCUCGCUCUUGGAUUUGCCUUGGGAUUUGCCAGCGAAGCUCGCGGAGGCAUGGUCGCUCUGAAGAUGCUCCCGCUCAAGCUGCUCUUGGUGGCCGUGGUCCUCUGCUUCUUCGAGGGGGAGGCCCGCUUUGGGGAGAGCGGGGGGGCCAAGAGGAGAAGGUGCCUGAACGGCAGCCCCCCCAGGCGCCUCAAGAAGCGAGACAGGAGGCUGAUGCUGCUGGAGCCGCCCCUCGGAGGGGAAUUCAUGUGCCGAGGUUUCUACCCUCGCCUCUCCUGCUGCCCCAGGGCGGACAGCCAGGGCUCGCUGCACGUGGAGAACAAGAUCUUUUCAGUUACCAACAACACAGAAUGUGUGAAGAUGCUGCAGGAAAUCAAAUGUGCACACUGUUCGCCGAAUGCUCAGAAUCUGUUCCACUCAACUGAGAAGGAGGCAUUGGGAAGAGAACUAGUUCUUCCUUUCCUGUGCAAGGAUUAUUGUAAAGAAUUCUAUUACACUUGCAGAGGUCACAUACCAGGUUUUCUCCAAACUACAGCGGAUGAUUUUUGCUUCUAUUAUACAAGAAAAGAUGGUGGCUUGUGCUUUCCAGAUUUUCCAAGAAAACAAGUUCGAGGACCAGCUUCUAACUAUUUGGACCAGAUGGACGAAUAUGGCAGAGUAGAAGAUAUCAGCAGGAAGCAUAAACACAACUGCUUUUGCAUCCAUGAGGUUGCAAGUGGCCUGAGGCAGCCUGUUGGAGCAACACAUUGUGGAGAUGGAUCACAGCGCCUGUUCAUCCUGGAGAAAGAGGGAUAUGUAAAGGUUUUCACACCUGAAGGGGAUUUAAUCAAGGAGCCAUUUCUGGACAUACACAAGCUUGUUCAAAGUGGAAUAAAGGGUGGAGAUGAAAGAGGGCUCUUAAGCCUUGCAUUCCAUCCCAAUUACAAAAAAAAUGGAAAGCUGUAUGUGUCCUAUACCACCAACCAAGAACGAUGGGCCAUUGGGCCACAUGACCAUAUUCUUAGGGUUGUAGAAUACACCGUGUCCAGGAAAAAUCCACAUCAGGUUGAUACGAGAACAGCAAGAGGUUUUCUAGAAGUUGCAGAGCUACACAGAAAACACCUUGGAGGACAGCUGCUGUUCGGCCCUGAUGGGUUUUUAUACACAUUCCUUGGUGAUGGGAUGAUCACUAUAGAUGAUAUGGAGGAAAUGGAUGGUUUGAGUGAUUUUACAGGUUCUGUGUUACGCCUGGAUGUAGAUACUGAUUUCUGCCAUGUGCCUUAUUCCAUACCACGGAGCAACCCACACUUUAACAGCACCAAUCAGCCUCCUGAAAUUUUUGCCCAUGGACUCCACAAUCCAGGCAGGUGUGCCGUGGAUCGUCAACCAACUGAUGUAAAUAUUAAUUUAACAAUACUUUGUUCAGACUCCAAUGGGAAGAACAGGUCCUCAGCAAGAAUCCUUCAGAUAAUAAAGGGGAAAGAUUAUGAAAGCGAGCCUUCACUUUUGGAAUUCAAGCCAUUCAGUAGUGGGCCAUUGGUUGGUGGAUUUGUAUACAGAGGCUGCCAGUCUGAAAGACUUUAUGGAAGUUAUAUAUUUGCAGACCGUAAUGGAAAUUUUUUAACACUGCAACAGAGCCCCGUGACCAAACAGUGGCAAGAGAAACCACUUUGUCUGGGCAACAGUGGUUCAUGUAGAGGUUUCUUUUCAGGACAUAUCUUGGGAUUUGGUGAAGAUGAAGUAGGUGAGGUCUACAUCUUAGCAAGCAGUAAAAGCAUGACACACUCUCACAAUGGGAAGCUCUACAAAAUUGUUGACCCCAAAAGGCCUUUAGUCCCAGAAGAAUGCAAAAGAACAGCUCUUCCUGCCCAGAUAUUGACAUCUGAAUGCUCAAGGCAUUGUCGAAAUGGGCACUGCACUCCCACGGGAAAAUGCUGCUGUAAUCAAGGCUGGGAAGGCGAGUUCUGCAGAAUUGCAAAAUGUGAACCAGCCUGUCGACACGGGGGUGUCUGCAUACGACCAAAUAAAUGCAUGUGUAAAAAAGGAUAUCUUGGUCUUCAGUGUGAGCAAGUGGAUAGAAACAUCCGAAGAGUGACAAGGGCAGAGAAGUCUUCCCACACAGAGAGAAGGGAAGAGCAAGGGUGCCCUUCGUCCCACAGUUCAUCAAACACCUGUUCCUCCUACACCAACAGUGUGCAGUGUUUUAAGCAAUGUAGCCUGACACUUUGACCAAACAUUCCCAGCCUCCUUGAGAAUGGUAUCUGUAGGAGAGGGAACGCAUUUAUAAGAGCGAGUUCUUCAGUCACUAAAUGAAAUCAAGCCAUUUCUUCAUAACUUUUAGUACUGCUGCAAUUUGUAAGCAAAACGCAAUAGGUAAGCUGUUGGUGUCCAAACAUCUGUUUUAGAGACAGCAGAAGGAAGCAGCGCCUGCACUUGCCAUCCACCUAUGAUUCCUCUUGGGUUUCAAAUGACCUCCUGACAAAUGGAAAUUGGUUGAGAAAUCUUGGUUGAGUGCUUAGUGAACAAUGGGGCAGCAUUAAAAAGUGCAUGCAUAAUUUUGCACAAUGUAGACCCAACUGACACUCUAUUCAGAGAAGGUUCAGGAUUAAAUGAGCAUGGAGACCAAAUUACCCUCUUACCCCAGAAAAGGGUGGUCUCUUCCAGUCAUGCUAGCACGUCAUUGGCUAAGCAGUGUGACAAAUCUCGCAAUGAACCCUGCAAUAGCCUGCAUCUGUAGGUUAAUAGCAGCCCUUUGUCUCCAUUGCUUUCUCCCUCUAGUCUUUUUACUGAAUCACAUCACAAAAAGUUUUACAAUUAAAAAAAAAUGUCCUGGCAACCAUUUUUGUACAUUGACCUUACCUUCUAAUCUUCUCUUAUUCAACGUGGGGGUGGCAUUAACAAAAUGUGAACUUCUAGAGAAUGAGGCAGCUGUCUAAAUCUAUCAAAUCGUGCUGUUUUAUUACACAUUACACUGUUCACAUAGCUUUGCCAGAGUAAGAAUGAAGUUACUGCAACGUUUACAAGCGACUCACAUUUAGAUGAUUCAAAUAGCUGGUAUUUCCAUGCAGACCUGGGUGAGGGAGAAAGAGAGGGGUUUUUUUCAUAGCUAGCAAAACUUCAUCUAUGACAAGUAAAUAUGUUCGGUUCCUAUGUUUUUCAAGCAAUUUAAACAAUAGAAGGUAAACUGUGGUAACAAGAGCCCAAGGCUGCAUUCUUAUAGAAGGUUAAAAGCUUGAAGUGAGUAAAUAUGUCAACCACACACGUUGGUUCAUAAAAAAACACAGUGAUAUAUAAUAACUGAAAUCAUGGCAUUAUUUUGUUAGUGGUUAUACAAAAAAAACCCCAAAACUCUUGCCAAUUUGCAAUAACUAAUUGCAGUGCAAGUGGCAAUGACACAAAGUCUGUUUUAUAAUAUUGAACUGGAGUAGCAAUUGAAACAGCCCAAACUACACAAUUAAAAUAUUAAAUUGGAAUAAUAUGGAAAGGAAUGUGUGUCUGUGAACGUCUCCUACAAGUAUAUAAUAUAGCAUGAGAACUCCCUGAUGGAAAUAAAUUGUUUUCAGUAAAUUCACUGAAAAACUAAGCUGCAUAUUUAUGAAAAGCACCACAAUUAUUGAAGAAGUCAAUGGAUGACUUUAAGCCUUAUUUCUAAAAACUGCCCUUUAGGCUUAAAAAGAGGCUAAACAGAAUAUAGUAAUUACCUUGAGUAAUGGCAUGCAAAAAUAUGUAAAUUAUUUCUGUGACAAUUUCAUUGCUAAUUAAGCUCACACCAUGGCAACUCACAAUGCGACCCUAAAAAUGAAGUUUACCAUGAAACUUUUGCCCCCAGUAAAAAUUAAGGUCGGUGGGGCAAUCAGUUAAUAGGCUCAAAGACGAGCACAUGACUUUUGUACUUGUGCUCAAGCUUUUCUUUCAUCAGCCUCUCCUGGUCUGCAAUUCUAAUGAGGUUAUUUUGAAAUAUUGUCUUUGUUUCCACAGCAAUGAUAUUUUGGGGUAGAAAGUGCUCUCGUGCGCAAAAAAACUGCAUAUGCCAGUGCAUAUGCGUAUAUCUACUUAGGAAGUUGAAUGAAUUUCAGUAAUUUUAUCUCUCACCUUUAAAGAACAAUGCAAACAAGAACGCUCUUAUGAAAAAUAUUUAACUAAUAAUCUAUAAAUAACUAUAGCAACCAUUAAUUAGUGACAAGUGUGUGUAGACCCACUGGUCUGUCAUUACAUGACUCUUGCUAGCCUGGAUAUUUGGCAGAAAUGUCACAGUUCUUGUGAUAUUAAGGUGCCAUCAUUAAGCUAUUCUCUAAUUAGUUAUAGCAGGCCUGUAUAUUUUCUUCUGUCAGCUGACUAUUAUGUUGCAUGUCCAGGGCAUAUGAUUAGGCCAAAAGCCACAGACUGGCACUCAACCAAGUCCAUGUUAAAGGAACUGCAUGAAAUUUAGGGCAUGUCUAUGUAUGUUGUCUGGGAUUUAUAUCCCACCAUGUUCCAUAUUCCUAGAUAAUUGGGAACAGGGUUGCAGCCUUAAGGGCGGAAGUUGUACCACUGAAGGUGCAGUGAUCAGUUGGUACAGUCAAAGGUAAGAGAAAUCUAUGGAUGUAGAGAGGCCCAGGCUAUCAAUGGAAUUAUCAUAGAAUUAAGGACUGGUAAGGAAAACAUGGGCAACUCUAUUUCCAUUUAUUUCCUUUAUCUAUGACUGCUCAAAAUAACUAACUGUGUCCAGAACUGCAGAGGGCUGCUGAACUUCCAAACAUGCUGGAUUUUCAGGGCUCAGCUUCCUAUGCUAAUGCUGGAUGGGAUGAUGUCGGGACACUUCAUAAUAGCAGGGUGCUUGGUCACGCUUGAAGUCUGAAUAUGCUGGUCCUGUGCUAGGUGGAUAAAUUAUCUGGGUCUCACUCCACGCCUCUCUGGUGCUUAUGCCCUUCAGUACCUGACUGCAUAGUGAGGAAAUCAUGAGCAAAACAAAACCCAUUCCUGCCCCACUCUCAACUGGUACCUAUAAUGGCAUACAGAGAGCAGGUUCUGCCCUUUGUGAUAAGCUAGACAAUGCAGUAUUUUGGGUUUCCUCAUCAUUCCUUAUCACAAGACAGUGUCAUCUGUGUGGAAUGUUAAGGAAACAGCAAGGCUGAGGUUCCCUUAUGUUCGGAGGCAGUAAUGCUUCUGAAUACCAGUCGCUGGGAACCACAGGAGAGGAGAGUGUUAUUGUGCUCAAAUCCUGUUUAGUAAUUUCCCACAAGCAACUGGUUGGCCGCUGUGGAAACAGCAUGCUGAACUACUAGAUGGGCCAUUGGUCUGAUCCAGCAGACUCCUCUUAUGUUCUUCAUCACACUAAAACAGGGCUCUGCUUUUCUUGGUUUCAGCUCUUUAGCAUUCCUAGCCUAAUGAUUAAUCUGUCAAGCAGAACAAAGAGUAACUCUUAGUGUUUUAAAAACAAAGCACCAGUACAACAGGAUACAUGCAGAGAUAUGUGGCUAGUCCAGAUAGGAGGAGGUCUGAACAGAUGAAGAAGAUAAUCCUAUAUCUACUCCCAUGCCUCUGGAGUAACAAGCAGUGAUGUUCAUUGGCCCAUUCCUGUACCAAGCCUGCAGAUCUUGCUCAGCACAACUUCCCUGUAACAUGAUAAUUUGCAGGAUUGCAUUUACAAGGAGUAAGGGAUGGCUUUUUAUGGCAUUUUUACGAUUUAAAAGUUUUCAAUUAUUUUAAAAUAAGUGCAGCUCUAACACUGAUUUCAGAUCACACAUGGUUAUAGAUAUCCUCAUUCUAUAUGUAGCAUAUCUUUAUCACACUAGUGUAUAUAGACAUCAUAAUGUUAUCAGCUAAAGCAUGGGAGACAUGUGUUUGAACAAGGAAGAAAGGAGCCAUAGCUGAAUGCUACACAACAAAGCCUACAUAUUGUUAAUGAAGUUUAGUAUAUUACAUAUUUGUAUUUCUCCUUCAACUUUUCAAACAUUGUCUGCUUGCUUAUAUAACAAUAAAACAUCUACUUUUUAA